AUUUUUCCAAUAAGUAUGUUACAUUUUUUGUGUAGACUUUUAAUGUUUAGUCUAGUCAAAGCAAUUUCCUGUACUAUAUUUAAUAAAGUCCAUCAAUUAAGUGUAUCAUUUAUGAGAAAUAUUAAAAUGCACUUAACAGGUGUGUGUGUGUUGUGUCUGUGUUACACAUGUUAAAUGAAAGAAAGAUAAAGAAAAAAAGUGCUGAGAGAGAGAAAUAGUCUAAGCUUUUUUAAAUAUAUGUGAUAAUUAUAUAUUUUAUAAUUUAUAGUUUAAAAAAAUAAAAUAUAUAAGUCUGGGGUUUAAAUGAUUGACAUUGUUAAAGAGUUAUUAAAAAAUGACUGAACUUACACCAUAUGAAUUAAUGAUCAAAUCACUGACUAAUCGAGACAAGAGCAAGCGUAAAGUAAAACUUGUUGAAGAAAAGUUGCUUGAGUUUGCUUUUGCUGGUGGUGAUAGUGAGGAAGACGAAGAUUUUGUUGUUGGUGAAAAUGAUGUUAUUAGUGAUGAUUUUGAUUCAGACAAUGAUAGCAAUACCAAUAGAAAAUCUGAUAGUGAAGAUUCAAUUUCAGAUGAAUUGGAGUCGUCUUCAGAAAAUGCAUGUAUGAAUUCGCCCUCAAUAGGAAACGGUAUUAAUACAGUUCCAGAUGUUUUAACAUUAACUGAGCAUGUAAAUAACGACAUGGAUAAAAGUUGUACAGAGAGCGUCUUGACAAAAAAACCUUUUCUUGUUUGUGGUAUAUGCUUAGAAUCUAAAGAAAAUGAUAAUGACGAAAUUCUUGAAUGCGAUAAUUGCGGGAUUUCCGUACAUGAAGGUUGUUAUGGAGAUAUUGGCGCGGACGAUAAUGAUACAAUUGAUUCGGAUGUUGAGGUAGAGCCUUGGUUUUGUGAACCAUGCAAGGCUGGCGUUAAAACUUCGCCGUUUUGCGAACUUUGUCCUAAUAUUGGAGGAAUUUACAAACAAACUGACUCCGGAAAAUGGGUGCAUCUAGUAUGCGCACUUUAUACCCCGGAUGUAGGAUUUAGAAACGUAUCCAAACUUCAAACAGUUGUAUUGGAAGAUAUAAAAAGCUCGUCAUGGGCGGCACGAGAAUGCACGUUAUGUUUAGAUGAUAAUUUUAGCAAAACAGGUGUUUGUAUUGAUUGUGACGCUGGGUUGUGUAAGACUUCUUUUCAUGUUUCAUGCGCUCAGAGAAAUGGGUUUCUUUCGGAUAUACCGGAUAGUGACGUAAACUAUACAGAUGAUUCUGACUUACUAUUUGCGCACUGUAAACUUCACUCUGUUAAAGCAGAUGUUAAAGCUCGAAAAACGAGUUGGCUAGCUUUUCAGUCGCAUAUGAAAAAUUUUAAACGUAAGCAAAUUGAUGACGAGAAAUUUAAUAGUUGCUUUGAAAAAGCGAAACGUGAUUAUCAAGAAUACAGACGAUCUGUUGUGUAUUCCACUAUUUUGCCAAAGCUUCCUCGUUUUUUAUCAAGCUGUCCUGAGGCUUGCAUCUUACUAGCUAAAAAAGCAGAAAUUCAGGGUAUUGUUCGCCAUCCCGGUUAUAACGUAAAUGCGGCAAUAACUUCAGGAAGGAUUUCAAAACAAGAUCCAAAUCUCUCGUCAGAUUUUGUCAACCAUUUUUUUAAAAGAGAAAUGCUAAUUAAGGAAUUACAACAAAAGUUAAAGACGGGUAAUCCACUUAGUAAUAAUUUAAAAAAUGAACAACAAAGAUUGUUAGGUGACACUAUUCGAUUGCAAAAAGAACUUGAAACGGUUAUGGCAAAGAAAGAAGAAAUGAACGUUGUUUUGAAAAACAUACAUAAGCUACUCUGUCAACUUUGCUCUAAAAAUUUAAAAAUGCCGGAUCUUUUUCAAAUUAAGGAUAACUCAGACAUUGCUAGCCACGAAAACUCAAAGAUUUUGCUGAACAAUAUAAUAAAGAAAUGCGCUACUUGCUCUUCGGCAGAUGAUCAACAUACUUUAGUUUAUUGUUCGAAAUGCAAGAAUUACUACCACAUGAAUUGCCUUGAUCCACCACUCCUGCGUAUGCCUAACGGAUCCGGAAAAAAACAGGGAAAGUAUAUAUGGCAAUGCACAGAGUGUGAUUCUAGUGAGUCUGAUUGUGAAUCUGAAGCGGUACUUGAAACUACAGAUCAAAAUGGAAAAAGAAGAACAAAAAGAAAAGUUAAGGAGCCGGAAAAGUUUACUCCCGAAAACGUAAAAGAAGCCGUAGAUAUUUUUACACAACGCAAAUCCGCAUGUAAUAGCGCGGUCACACCGUCUGAAAAGAAAAAAAAUAAGAGUACUGUUAUUAAAGACAAAAACACUAAAAAUUCUAAUACACCGUGCUCGAAUAAAAAAAAGAAAUCAGAUAAUCUUCAAGAACACUGGCCAAACUGCUUUAAAUGUAAAAAAAAUGGUGAUGCAUCAUCUCUUGUCAAAUGUGAUAACUGCAAAAGGUGUUACCAUUUUAAACUAUGCCUUGAUCCUCCUUACGCUAAAUCUCCCAAAGGUAAAUUUUGGGAUUGGGUAUGCGAGGAGUGCGAUGAAAUUGAAAAUGGUGAUGCAAAUAUUACUUCAUAGUAUUGGAUAUCGUUCUAUUGAAGUUUGUAGUGUAUUAAUACAACUAUUUCUCAUUCUGUAAUUUAUUUCCCAUUAUAUUUGCUUCAAAGCUUU